AUGGCGCAGAGCGACGAUCACCCCGACUCGACCACUACCUCGGCACCAGACCUCCAGAUUCUCGGCGAUGAGGUGACGCUCCAGCCCAGCGGCUUCCUCAGGCCAGACGGGGGCGAUAAGCAUGGAGAAGAACGGGCGUUGAUGAAUCAAUUUGCCUCCUUUCGCGCCGAACCAUUACAAUUCCUUCGCGAGGUGUCCCUUUACGUAUCUGGACAAGGAUGGCGCGCCUACGAUCGCAUCACCGGACAGCCCGUCUUCUACUCGGGCUUCUCGGAUAACAUGAAGUCCAUGGUCCUCGAAACGCCCCUGCUACAGAAGCGCAUCGCAGAACUCGCCGAUACCCGGGUCCGCGUGGAGGAAAAGGAGGGAUUGAUCGACGUCAAUGCCGACAACUACAAGGCGAAGCGCGCGCAGCGGUGCAGCGAGCUGGAGGCGGCCCUGCUCGAAGUAGCAGAGAAGCUGACGGAUGAAAUGAUCUGCAAGAUGGAGAGCAAAACAUUCAUCCGCGGCGCGUACUAUCUCUGCACCCAGCUCCUCACCAGGGCCUACCAUCAAGGCAUUCACGUGUCGAGCGAGGAAAUACUGAGGCUGAAGAAGGUGGCAGAGUACGCCGCCAAGAAGAAGCAGAGCAUCGUCUUCCUGCCGAGCCAUCGCUCGCACGUUGACUAUGUUUCUCUGCAGUUGAUAUGCUACCGCCUCGGACUUACGCUACCAGUCGUUGUUGCUGGCGACAACCUCAACUUCCCCGUUGUGGGCAGCUUCCUCCAACAUGCGGGGGCAAUGUGGAUCAGGAGGUCUUUUGGUGAUGAUGCGCUCUACGGCACACUGGUUCAAUCGUAUAUUGACACCUUGCUUCAGGAAGGCUUCAAUUUUGAAUGCUUCAUUGAAGGCGGUCGUUCGCGUACCGGAAAGCUUCUCCCGCCCAAGUUCGGCAUCCUGAGCUUUGUCCUAGACAGCAUUCUGUCUGGCAGAGUCGAGGAUGCGAUCAUCUGCCCUGUCAGCACGCAGUACGACAAGGUCAUUGAAACAGAGGGUUAUGUGACUGAACUGCUAGGCGUGCCGAAAAAGAAGGAAAAUCUCGCCGACUUUCUGUCCGGCGGCUCCUCGGUUCUCUCUCUCAAGCUUGGCAGAGUUGACGUCCGGUUCAAUGAGCCAUGGAGCUUGCGAAAAUUCAUCGAUGAUCAACUAUCCAGGCUACCCGUCGUCCCUGCUGGGCUCGACACCGACCAUCACAACCCGCAGGUUAGGAAGGCCCGUGAGAAAAUCCUGCGAACUUUGGGAUACAAAGUUCUGGGCGACAUCAAUGAAGUAUCUGUCGUCAUGCCCACUGCUCUUAUCGGCACCGUUCUGCUGACCCUUCGUGGCCGCGGCGUGGGCAAGGCUGAAUUGAUACGAAGAAUUGAGUGGCUCACAGAUCGUGUUCGCGCCAAGGGCGGCAGAGUUGCUCACUCGGCCAAUGUCCCCUUGUCUGAAGUCAUGGAACGUGGUCUCGAGGUUCUUGGAAAGGAUCUUGUAGGCGUCGUGGAAGGGCUUCCCGAACCCACCUUUUAUGCCGUCGAUCGGUUCCAGUUGUCAUUCUAUCGCAAUAUGACAAUCCAUCUAUUCAUUUACGAGGCUCUCGUCAGUGCUGCUCUGUACACAAAGGUUAAACUCGGAGGCGGCCCGGCAAUGCAAAGCAUCUCUUACGAGGACCUCAGAGCCCAAGUUCUCUUCCUGUCGUCGCUUUUCCGUGGAGAGUUUAUCUUCUCGGGAGAGGGUCUAGAGCGCAACUUGGAGAAGACCCUGCUUGGCUUAGAGACUGACAAAGUCAUGCGGCUGGAUCGUGAUGAGCAUGGGAACAUCACGACAAUCGGACUCUCAGACCAAGAGCGCAGUGUUGGGCGAGAGAAUUACGACUUCUACUGCUUCCUGAUCUGGCCCUUCAUCGAAGCUAGUUGGCUAGCUGCAGUGUCUCUAAUCGGAUUGACCCCUCCAGAAGGCAAGACCGACAUCUGGAUCGAAUCGAGUAAAGCUCAGGACACAGCACAGACACUCGGUAAAACACUCUAUCAUCAAGGAGAUCUGUCCUACUUUGAAGCCGUCAACAAGGAGACUUUGCGUAACUCGUAUGUCCGGUUUGAGCAGGAACAGAUGGUCCAUGUUGUGCGAAGCAAAGACGCCAAGGUCCCUCCCCGUAUCCAAUUAGAUCCUACCUGGCGACCUCCUCGGGACCCUACCACCGGCAAAGUCCAGGCAAGUGGGAAACUCUGGGAGUUUACAGAGAAAAUUGCCAGCUCACGCCGUGAGGGCAAGAACCGUCGUGAUGGGGCUACGGUUAGCAGCCGGGUGCUCAGGCUCACUGACAUCCUGGGCCAGAAAAUGUUCGACGAGGCCGAGGCCGGUGAGCGCAGUGGGAAGGGCAAAGCCCCGACCCGGCUCAGCAAGGACGAAGAAGAGACGUUCAGCCGGGCGAAGAGGGAGGCAAGGAGAAGGAGGAAGCUAGAAGCGCGUCCAAACUUGUAA